UAGGAGAUCAAGAAAGGGGUGGGGAGAGUGUCAGUCAUGGUGGUGUACUUCUAUACUUUUUAGGUCUGGCUGUUCGAAGAUUUAGCCAAACAUAAAAAGCCCUCAAGUAGUGGAUGAUAGUCUAACGUACUUUUCUUUAUCUCAAUCUGUUUUGGGCACGAUUUCCUUUUCUUCGUCUUCUUCACUCUCCUUCAAAAUCUAAUCCCUUUUCUACUUCCAUUUCCUGUUCUCUUCAAAAACUUUUGAAACAAAUGUUAAUGUUUUGCACCUGGAUCUUGUUGUUUACAUCCUUUUAUGGUAAUUGACAUGUGAAAGUCUUAGUUUUUAUUUGGGAUUAUAAGGUACAUUGGGAGGGUUGGUUUCGUUCUUUUAGUAUGGUGAUUUGAUAAUGGGAGGUGAAAGUAUGAAGCUUUGCAACAUUGUAUGUUUUUUGUUGGGUUUCGUUACUUUGUGUUAUAGUUUUACGGAUCCCAAUGACCUUAAGAUCUUGUUAGAUUUCCAGAAUGGGUUGGAAAAUCCAGAGCUUCUCAAAUGGCCAGCCAAGGGUAACGAUCCUUGUGGCCCUCCUUCAUGGCCUCAUGUUUUCUGUUCGGAUGGCAGAGUCACACAAAUUCAGGUCCAAAAUAUGGGUCUUAAAGGACCCCUCCCUCAAAAUUUCAACCAGCUCUCAAAACUUUACAAUAUAGGGCUUCAAAGAAACAACUUCAAUGGAAAACUACCCACCUUUAAAGGACUGUCUGAACUGGUAUAUGCUUUCUUGAAUGGCAAUAAUUUUGACACUAUCCCAUCUGAUUUCUUUGAGGGACUUAGUAGCAUAGCGGUUUUGGCCUUGGAUGGCAAUAGUUUGAAUGAGAGUACAGGAUGGUCUCUGCCCAGUGAAUUGGCAAGUUCUGUUCAGUUGACGAAUUUUUCAGUGUCUUCAUGCAAUUUGGCUGGUCCAUUGCCUGAUUUUCUAGGCAGCAUGCCAUCUCUUAGUAAUCUAGAACUUUCUUACAACAGAUUGUCUGGUGAAAUUCCUGCAAGUUUUGGGCAAUCUUUGAUGUCAAUUUUGCUUCUGAAUAAUCAAGAAGGAGGGGGCAUGAGUGGUUCAAUUGAUGUUAUCGCAAACAUGACAUCAUUGUCACAAUUAUGGCUUCAUGGGAAUUCUUUCUCUGGAACAAUACCUGAGAAAAUUGGAGAUUUGUCUUUGUUGAGAGAUCUUAAUCUCAACGGAAACAAACUUGUCGGUUAUAUUCCUCAGAGCUUGGCAGAUAUGCAGCUGGAGAAUUUGGACUUGAACAAUAAUCAGCUAAUGGGUCCAGUGCCAGUGUUCAAGGCUGGUAAGGUUUCUUAUGACUCCAAUCCUCUUUGUCAAUCUAAACCUGGAGUUGAAUGCGCCCCAGAAGUUUAUGCACUUUUGGAUUUUCUUAGUGGAGUGAAUUAUCCUUCAAAUAUUGCUCCUCAGUGGUCUGGUAAUGAUCCAUGUCAUGGGCCAUGGUUGGGAUUGAAUUGUGAUUCUAAUUCAAAGGUUUCUGUUAUAAAUCUGCCUAGACGUAAUCUUACUGGCACCCUUAAUCCUUCAAUUGCAAAAUUAGAUUCACUGGUUCAAAUUGGACUUGGAGGAAACGAUAUAGAGGGCACAAUUCCCAGCAAUUUGACAAACUUAAAGUCUUUGAGAUUGUUCGAUGUCAGUGAAAACAAUCUAGGUCCUCCUUUGCCCAAGUUUCGGAAUAGCGUGAAGCUUGUUGUUGAUGGAAAUCCUCUUCUGGUUGGUGGGAAUCAGAGUCAGCAAUCCCCCUCCCCUGCUAGCAGCCUACCUCCUGUGAGUUUCACUCCACCAGAGAAUUCUCCACCAGAGAAUUCUCCACCAGGCAGUGCACAGCCUUCACCAUUCACUAUGCCUUCUAGUCCGCCUUCUCCAACUUCAAGCUCACACGCUAAUCGGUCUACUUCUACAAAAGUUCCAGCCCAAACUAAAAGAAACUUUGAAAGAACCAAACUAGUAAUUGUGGGUGGAAUUUUAGCCGGUUCAUUGCUGGCUGUUGUGUUGAUUGCUUUGUGUCUAUAUUCUUGCUUUAAGAAGAAAAAAGAAACUUCAAAUCCUCCUUGUUCCAUUGUGGUUCACCCUAGAGAUCCAUCUGAUUCAGAAAAUUUUGUCAAGAUUGCAGUUUCCGACAACAUCACUGGAAGCUUGUCCACUCAAACUGGAACUAGUUCUGUCAGUAAUACAAGUAGUCUGACUGAAAAUUCCCGUGCAAUUGAGGCUGGAAAUGUUAUUAUAUCUGUCCAAGUUCUUCGCAAGGUGACAGAUAAUUUUGCCCAAAAAAAUCAGCUUGGCUCUGGUGGAUUUGGAACUGUCUACAAGGGUGAAUUGGAAGAUGGGACAAAAAUAGCUGUUAAGAGAAUGGAGGCCGGAGUGGUGAGUGGUAAAGCUGUGGAUGAAUUUCAGGCUGAGAUUGCUGUUCUUUCUAAAGUCCGGCAUCGGCAUCUGGUUUCUCUUCUUGGUUAUUCUAUCGAAGGCAAUGAAAGACUUCUUGUCUACGAGUAUUUGUCAGAAGGUGCUUUAAGCAUGCAUCUUUUCCAUUGGAAGAAAUUAAACUUGGAGCCUCUAUCUUGGACAAGAAGGUUGAGUAUUGCAUUGGAUGUGGCCCGGGGGAUGGAAUAUCUUCACAGUCUGGCUCGACAAACAUUUAUUCACCGAGAUCUCAAAUCUUCCAACAUUCUUCUAGGUGAUGAUUUCCGUGCCAAGGUUUCUGAUUUCGGGUUGGUGAAACUUGCUCCAGACGGAGAGAAAUCUGUUGUGACGAGACUUGCUGGAACCUUUGGCUACCUUGCACCUGAAUAUGCUGUUAUGGGGAAGAUAACAACCAAAGCUGAUGUGUUCAGCUAUGGAGUGGUGUUAAUGGAACUUUUGACCGGGUUAACAGCCCUUGAUGAGGAGCGCUCUGAGGAAAGCCGAUACUUGGCUGAGUGGUUUUGGAAAAUCAAAUCAAGCAAAGAGAAGCUUAUGGCUGCCAUUGACCCUACUCUUAAUGCCAGUGAAGAGAUUUUUGAGAGCAUCUACACCAUAGCUGAAUUGGCUGGGCAUUGCACUUUGAGGGAACCAAACCACCGACCUGAUAUGGGUCAUGCAGUGAAUGUGUUGGCGCCACUUGUUGAGAAAUGGAAACCAAUUAACGACGAAUCCGAGGACUUUUCUGGCAUCGACUACAGCCUUCCACUUCCAGAGAUGUUAAAAGUUUGGCAGGAUGGAGAAAGCACUGGGCGAAGUUAUACCAGUCUUAAUGACAGCAAGAGCAGUAUUCCAGCAAGACCAGCUGGGUUUGCUGAGUCCUUCACAUCUGCUGAUGGUCGUUAAAUGAAGGCAGCUCCUAAGCAGUGGACUAGAGCUGUAAGUUCUAUUAAGGUGGAGUCAGUUGCUCUAUUUUAUGCUACAGCUUAAUAGCAUCAAGCAUUUUAUUUAGGUUAGUGCACACAGUAAACACAAGUUUAAAAGCAACCACACAGACGUUCUGGGUUUGUUUCUUGAGCCCUUGUAACUGUAGAUAGAUAGAUGUUAUUUUCAGUUUUUCACUUUGGUAUUCCUUAAUACAGAAUUUGCUUGUCAUAUGUUAAUGUCUGUAAAGAACUGUUGUCGUUUGGAAUUUAAAGUUACUCGAUUCAUGUCA